CAGGCAGCGCCGAGCCGCGCGGGCCUCCGCCGCCCCGGGUCCCGCGGCCCGGCCGGCCGCCCGCGCCGCUGCGAUCCGUCCAUGGUGCAGCGCAUGUGGACCGAGGCGGCCGGGCCUGCGGGCGGCGCCGAGACGCUGUUUCCGGGCUCCCGGCGGAGCCGCAGCGUGUGGGACGCCGUGCGCCUGGAGGUGGGCGGCCCCGACAGCUGCCCGGUGGUGCUGCACAGCUUCACGCAGCUGGACCCUGAUCUGCCGCGCCUGGAGAGCUCCACGCAGGAGAUCGGCGAGGAGCUGGUCAACGGGGUCGUCUACUCCAUCUCCCUGCGCAAGGUGCAGGCGCACCACGGCACCACCAAGGGCCAGCGCUGGCUCGGGUGUGAGAACGAGUCGGCCCUGAGCCUGUACGAGACCUGCAAGGUGCGGACGGUGAAGGCGGGCACGCUGGAGAAGCUGGUGGAGCACCUGGUGCCAGCCUUCGAGGGCAGCGACCUUUCCUACGUCACCAUCUUCCUGUGCACCUACCGGACCUUCACCACCACCCAGCAGGUCCUGGACCUGCUGUUCAAAAGGUACGGUAGAUGUGACACCCCCACGGCCUCCUCUAGAUACGGAUGCAUCCUCCCCUAUCCCCACGAGGACGGCGGGCCGCAGGACCAGCUGAGGAAUGCCAUCUCCUCCAUCCUGGGCACCUGGCUGGACCAGUACUCGGAGGACUUCUGCCAGCCUCCGGACUUCCCCUGCCUCCGGCAGCUGGUGGCCUACGUGCAGCUCAACGUGCCCGGCUCCGAUCUGGAGCGCCGCGCGCACCUCCUGCUGGCUCAGCUGGAGCAGGCGGAGCUCGGGGAGGCAGAGCUGGAGGCUCUGUCACCAGCCCCGGCGCCCGCUGCAGAGCUAGAACCAGCGCCAGCGCCCGCUCCAGCGCCCAGUCCCGUGCCGGCGCCGGCGCCCAGUCCCGUGCCGGCUUCAGGGCGAGAGCUGGUCCUGGCUCCCGAGCCAGAGCCGGCGCCGGCACCGGGCCCAGCCCCCACCCCAGAGCUGGAGGCGGCCCUGUCGCGGACUCUAGAGCUGGGGCCAGCGCUGGCACCGGAGCCUCCCUGGCCUUCGCCGGGGGCUACUGAGAACGGGCUGAGCGAGGAGAAGCCUCACCUCUUGGCGUUCCCUCCUGACUUGGUGGCAGAACAGUUUACCUUGAUGGAUGCAGAGCUGUUCAAGAAGGUGGUGCCCUACCACUGCCUGGGCUCCAUCUGGUCCCAACGCGACAAGAAGGGCAAGGAGCACCUGGCUCCCACCGUCCGUGCCACCGUCUCCCAGUUCAACAGUGUGGCCAACUGUGUCAUCACCACCUGCCUCGGGGACCGCAGUGCCACGGCGCGGGACAGGGCCCGGGUGGUGGAGCACUGGAUUGAGGUGGCCAGGGAGUGCCGGGUCCUCAAGAACUUCUCCUCGCUCUACGCCAUCCUCUCCGCUCUGCAGAGCAACUCCAUCCACCGGCUGAAGAAGACGUGGGAAGAGGUUUCUAGGGACAGCCUGAGGGUCUUUCAGAAGCUGUCGGAGAUCUUCUCCGAUGAGAACAACUACUCACUCAGCCGAGAGUUGCUCAUCAAGGAGGGGACCUCCAAGUUUGCCACCCUGGAGAUGAACCCCAAGAGGGCCCAGAAGCGGCCAAAGGAGACGGGUGCCAUCCAGGGCACCAUCCCCUACCUGGGCACGUUCCUCACGGACCUGGUGAUGCUGGACACCGCGAUGAAGGACUACCUGUAUGGGAGGCUGAUCAACUUCGAGAAGCGGAGAAAGGAAUUCGAAGUCAUCGCCCAGAUCAAGCUGCUGCAGUCGGCCUGCAACAACUACAGCAUCGAGCCCGAGGAGCAGUUCGGGGCCUGGUUCCGCGCCACGGAGCGGCUCAGCGAGGCCGAGAGCUACAACCUGUCCUGUGAGCUGGAGCCUCCAUCCGAGUCGGCCAGCAACACCCUGAAGGCCAAGAAGAACACAGCCAUUGUCAAACGCUGGAGCGACCGCCAGGCCCCCAGCACGGAGCUGAGCACCAGCGGCAGCUCUCACUCCAAGUCCUGUGACCAACUCAGGUGUGGCCCCUACCUCAGCGGCGGGGACGUCGCCGAUGCACUCAGCGUCCACUCGGCAGGCUCCUCCAGCUCCGACGUGGAGGAGGUCAACAUGAGCUUCGUCCCCGAGUCCCCGGAUGGCCAAGAAAAGAAGUUCUGGGAGUCGGCCUCGCAGUCCUCCCCGGAGACUUCCGGCAUCAGCUCGGCCUCCAGCAGCGCCUCAUCCUCCUCGGCCUCCACCACGCCCGUGGCCGGCACCCGCGCCCACAAGCGCUCCGUCUCAGGGGUCAGCAGCUACAGCGCCUCGCUGCCGCUGUACAACCAGCAGGUGGGCGACUGCUGCAUCAUCCGCGUCAGCCUGGACGUGGACAACGGCAACAUGUACAAGAGCAUCCUGGUGACCAGCCAAGAUAAGGCCCCAGCCGUCAUCCGCAAGGCCAUGGACAAACACAACCUGGAUGAGGACGAGCCGGAGCAGUACGAGCUGGUGCAGGUCAUCUCCGCCGAGCGGAAGCUGAAGAUCCCUGACAACGCCAACGUGUUCUACGCCAUGAACUCUACUGCCAACUAUGACUUUGUCCUAAAGAAACGGACCUUCACCAAGGGGGCAAAGGUCAGGCACGGAGCCAGCUCUACCCUCCCCCGCAUGAAGCAGAAGGGACUCAAGAUCGCCAAGGGCAUCUUCUAGCGGGUCCCUUGCGCUGGCCCAGCCACAGGCCCGCCCUUUCCAGGACCGGGCCGGCCAAGCAAGGAGCCACUCGCAGACGACAGUGACCCAGGCCAGGCCGGCGCCUCCGGCCCCGCGUGCCAGCCCGGGCCACCCCUGACUCCAGUUUCACCCGGGACCUCUCCUGCUGCCGGGAUUGACGCCUGCCCACCGACAGGCUGACCCGGCCCCCCGUGGACCACUCGCCGCCUUAGGUGCCUUCCGCUCUCUGGAACCAGAGGACUCGCCGACUUUGCCCAGGAGCGCUGCCAAGGGGCAUGGAGCCCUGCCCGCCAGCGGGCACGCCCUCGCUGCACCUCCCUCACGCCUCCCCGGGUGUGGGUCGCUGCCACCCGUGCCCACGGGCGCCCCGCGGCACCCGCCCGCCCGCUGGGUCCGACCACUGCAGUUCUCUCCACAUAGCCACGGGCACCGGCCGUGCCGUUGACGGGGUCCCGGCCCCCCUGCCACCGCUCUAGCCUUCCUCCGGCUGCACCAAAGAUUCCAUCGUCAGGGCCAAGUGAGAGAGGGAGCCCCGCGCCCCACCCCGGCCCGCCCUCGGAGAGGGGAGGGGAGGGGAGGGAGACCCUCCUCACAGACCGCUCUUCACCCGGUGAGUGAGGACGGCCUCGGCCGAGCCCCAUCGGCGUCAUGUCUCACGACACUGCGGGUGCCACUCACUGCCGCACCCUGGGCUUCACGAGACCACA